CUUCUCUAUACAAUGAUGUAAACCCUGCGGUAGGAAUCAUAGAAUUCAUUUUAAGAAGAGUGCUGCGAAAGAUAAGAUUGUGUUGAUAUUAUGGGCCCGCUUUUUAAAAAACAACCUAAAGGCUUCGCCACGAAAGCAAUUCACGCAGGACAAAAUCCUUCACAAUGGAAUAGUAGAAGUGUUGUUCCCCCUAUUAGUUUGAGCACCACAUUUAAACAACGCGGUCCUGGAGAACACGAGGGAUACGAGUAUUCUCGAAGCGGCAAUCCCACCCGAAACGUGUUGGAAAACUGUUUGGCGGCUUUAGAUGGUGCCAAAUAUGGUUUAACGUUCUCCUCUGGGCUGGGCACAGCAAUGGCAGUCUUCUCUAUGUUGUCUGCUGGGGAUCAUAUUGUCAUUGGAGAUGAUGUCUAUGGAGGGACAGCGCGUUUAGUAAGGCAAGUGAUCUCAAGACUGGGUAUUCAAUUUAGUUUUGUAGAUCCAACUGAUCUACUGGCUUUUGAUGCAGCAAUUGUGUCGAAUACAAAGCUUGUGUGGAUUGAAACACCCACAAAUCCAUUGAUCAAAGUUGCGGAUAUUGAAGCAAUUAGCAAAUUUUGUCAAAAUAAGAAUGUUAUCUUUGCUGUUGAUAACACAUUUUUGACGUCAUAUUUCCAAAGACCAUUAGAACUGGGUGCUGAUUUGGUGUGUUACUCUUUAACUAAAUAUAUGAACGGUCAUUCUGAUGUCGUGAUGGGUUGCAUAACAACUAAUUCGGAAGAUUUAUACCAAAAAUUAAAAUUCCUACAAAAUGCGACCGGUAUUGUACCCUCUCCGUUUGAUUGUUACCAAGUAAAUCGCGGUUUGAAAACUCUUCCUCUACGCAUGGAACAGCAUCAAAAGAGUUCAAUUGCUGUCGCUAAAUUUUUGGAAGAGCAUCCUUUUGUGGUAAAGGUUUUGCAUCCAGCCUUACCGUCUCAUCCACAACACCAGCUUGCUCUAAAGCAAACAUAUGGAUACAGUGGAGUGUUUUCAUUUUUCCUUAAAGGCAACUUGGAACAUUCAAAAGCCUUCCUUCAGAAUUUAAACGUGUUUGCCUUGGCCGAAAGCUUGGGUGGAUAUGAAAGUUUGGCAGAGCUUCCAUCAAUCAUGACUCACGCUUCAGUUCCGGCAGAAGAACGUAAGAAACUGGGUAUAAACGAUUCCCUUAUACGUCUUUCAAUUGGAUUGGAAGAUACGGACGAUUUAAUUGCAGAUUUGGAGAAUGCAUUCAAAAUAGCUAUGAGUCUUUAAUGUUGUGUACUAAUUUGUAUAAGACAAAUAUAUGAUUUUGAUUAUGUUUAUA